CCCACGUGUCAGUCGCUUUCUUGAUGGCACUAUCCCCAACCUCGCCGAUUCCAGUCUCCACACUCGCCGAGCGACACCGCGCGGGACGACCGAGCAAGCAGAGCAUGCCGCCGUCGUGCCUGGGCGCAUGCAGCGGUGGCGGACUAGCCCUCUCCGCCCCCCGCCGCCGCGCCCCCUCCUACUGCAGCAUCGCGCCCCAUAGGGCUUCCGUCUCGUGCUCUGCCGCCGGCGGCAAGGCGUCGCCGCGGGGGAAGGACAACGUCUGGAGCGUCGAUAACGACCGCGCCGCCAAGGAGGCGGUCCGGAGCCCGAAGCACCGCCGCAGGAGACGCCCCAGCGGUCGCCGCCUGCCGCCACCAAAGAGGAAGGGGAAGGAUGCGGAGUCGAGGGUUCUAGUGUCUGGAGCCAUGCUUGUGGAGGUCGAGACUGUGCUCCAAACUCAGGAACCUGUCAUAAAGCCUUCUUGGGAUACAUUUGCAAGUAGUUUAAGUGGUAACUGGAAGGGUGUUGGAGCUGUCUUCUCGCCAAUCACAGCAGAGAUGGAGCCUGUUGGAGUUGGGAGCAAAGAAGAGUACCUUUAUGACUGCUACACUCUUUCUCACAUUGAGAAAUCUUAUGAUGGUGGUCAUGGCUCUGAGAUCCGAAGGAAAACAAAUUGGGUCCCAAUCAAUCCUUUUGGUGAAGCUGAGAAGCAGAUCACAUCAUAUGACGGUUGGAGUCAAAGCACUUCCAGUGGGAAGGGAACUGCUGAUUUACCUUCAUAUGAGUCUUUUGAUCUUAACAGGAGUGCUGUGCUUGAUGAAGAAACUUUUUCUAUGGAGCCUGGAAUUGUAUUUUUUGAGGACGGAUCAUACUCUAGAGGUCCAGUUGAUAUAGCAAUUGGUGAAUAUGAUGAAUCUAAAUACUUCCUUUCACCAACAUAUCAGUUUGAGCAAUGUCUUGUUAAAGGUUGCCACAAGAGAUUGCGGGUUGUGCAUACAAUUGAGUUUAACGAAGGAGGAGCUAACAUACAAAUUGUAAGGGUUGCUGUGUAUGAAGAAAAAUGGGCCAGCCCAGCAAAUAUCGAUGUUGAAGAUGAUACACUUGUUGACCUUAAACCAUUCUCUCAAAGAAGCCGGACCAAACCGUCAGAACUGACAGGCUCCUGGAAAGUAUACGAAGUCAGUGCAACACCGAUUUUCAGUGAUGAAAGGCAAGAACUAGAGGGCGGUUCUCCUUUCGUAUACUUGUGCAUGGAGACAGUGAAGAAGAGAACCCUGCCAGAGAGUUCAGUUCUCUUUGGGGAGGAAGAGAUGCUCGACAUGCAGGAUGUCACCGUGCUUUGGUUACCUGGUGGUGUCACUGCCUAUGUUGACAUCAGUGAAGACGGCAUACUCUGUAUCGGAGUUGGGUGGUACUCAGAAGAAGGGAUCAACCUGGUGAUGGAGAGAGACUAUGGAACUGAUGGGAGGCUCAGGGAGGUUCGGUCAAAAACUGAAGUAAAGCGCCGGUGGUAUCAAUCAGUUCCAUACCUAGAGACCGACGCAAACGCAACCGCAAUAAUUCGCGCCACCAUCGGGAGCCAGGCCAAACUAGAAGCGCCAAGUUGCCAGCCAAACGAACCAGCUAAAACAAGGGGGGGCGCCGCGGCGCGUCGUGGGGACAGCCCUCGUGAUCGAUCCGCCCGUGGGAUCUCGCGCACGCCAGGAUUGGAGAGCCGCGGCCUCCCUCCGCCCCCAACGUUCCCGCGCGGAUUGCGGCGCUUAGACGCGGAGCGGUGGAGGAGAGAGACGGGGGGAAGGGGAGGCCGAGGCCGAGGCCUAGGAGGCGUGGUGGUGCAGCGAGCGAGCGAGCGAGCGCGUUCGUUCGGCAUGGAACAGAACGCCGGCUCGUUCCUCGCCGUGCGUCGCCUCUCCGGCGGCGCCAUCCACCACAAUCGCCACCACUCUUCGCCCGCUGAGGUCGUGGGCGUGUCCACGGCGUGGCUCGGGAAGGGGCUUUCGUGCGUCUGCGCGCAGAGGAGGGAGACCGAUGCGCGCCUCUCCUUCGAUUUGAGUCCCAUUCAGGAAGAGUGCUUUCAUAGGUUGCAGAACCGGAUAGAGGUGCAGUAUGAUGGUUCAAAUUUAGAGCAUCAGAAAGCACUGGAAGCCCUUUGGCGUGCUUCUUUUCCUGGAACUGAACUUUUAGGAUUAGUAUCAGACCAGUGGAAGGAGAUGGGAUGGCAAGGGAAAGAUCCAUCUACAGAUUUCAGGGGUGGUGGUUUUAUAUCUUUGGAGAAUUUACUGUAUUUCUCUAGGAACUAUCCAAAAUCCUUCCAGGAGCUCCUUUGUAAGAAGAAUGGUGAUAGAGCAUUGUGGGAGUAUCCCUUUGCUGUAGCUGGUGUAAAUAUUACAUUCAUGCUAAUUCAGAUGCUUGAUCUUCAAGCAGCUAAGCCAACGUCGUUGAUUGGAGCAGUUUUCCUAAAUCUACUGUUAGAAAAUGAUCGAGCGUUUGACAUUCUUUACUGCAUAACCUUCAAACUGAUGGAUCAGAAAUGGCUUGAAAUGCACGCCAGUUACAUGGAUUUCAAUACUGUUAUUAAAUCUACACGGCGCCAGCUCGAGAGGGAGCUGUUGCUAGAAGACAUCCAGAGAAUCGAGGACAUGCCAUCAUACAGGUUUCUCUCCUGUUAGAACUUGGUCAUACCUAACAUUGCCACAAGAUAGUGCAGCUCCAUCCACUCGAAGAUGUUGCGACGUUGGAACCACGUAUACAGAGGGGGCGAUCUAGGAUCAUGGACUGUGGAUGUGCUCCUUUGAAUUGUCGUGUUUACCUACUUGAUUGACAACGACCUCAACGCUGGAGUGCCUUUUCGUUUUGAACGAUGUGCUACAUCUUGGUGCCAUAUAAUGGCAGAUCCUAGCUAGCUUUCGUUUUUUUUUCGAGAACGUGCACUUGGCCCUUGUUGCUUUAAGGGAAGAAAGAGUUUGUUACACGGCUUGCUAGGGUUUAGGCGAGGUGCCGUUCCCAAGCAAGCGAAACACACGAAUAGAGAGCACCGGCUGGAACGGUGGAGCUAAGGAAACAAACUAAGGGUGCUACUCGGGGCGAAGCCACUAGGCGGAAGCUAAAGCAAAAAGAGGGGUAAGCUUGGAGAACCCCGCCGCGAUCCAACUUUCGCUCUCAGUCCGAAUCUGCCGCAAGAUCUGAGUCGUGGUUGCGCAGACCCCGUCGAACGUCCGUCGGUUUCGCUCCUUAGUUCAGCUAGCUUUCGUUGUAAACAGGAGGAUCGUGGAAAGUUGUCUGAAUAUGCUUUGUGGCCAUGUGCAUGGAUCUUGCUGCUCUCCUGAAAAAAAAAA